CUUUUUUUAAGAUUUGAAAAAUUCUGUUUUUUUGUCUGUUCUACCGUUUGAAUCAAUUGUGGAUACUUAGGAUCCAUUGGAGGAAGACAUUGGUUCACGACUGCCAUUUUUUCUGAAAAUAAUUGCAUUCUCUUCUUCCCUUUUCUCGUGGUUUCUAAAUUGAGAGAUUAAUUAUUGCUUAAUCCUUGGAGAACCCGAACCGACUUUAAUUUUUAAUUUAUUUUUUCUGGCUGAAGAAUUUUACCACUCAUCUUAAACGCCAUGGAUUCUCAUCUGAUUUAUUCUUUUACAAGGAAUGGUGAAAUUACUAAGUUGACUGAAAAGAUAAAAACUAUGGAAGUUAUGCUUUUUUGCGUCAUCUUAGACUGGGUGCACUAAUUUGCUUAUGUCUACUUUAGUGUAGUAAUAAAUGCAUUUGUCAUCCUUCCUUUCUGGGUAUUUUUAUUUUUAAUUGCACAGCUAAUGGACCUUAUUUUCCUUUUAAAGAUUUUCAACAGUACAGACAAGUGGCAACUACAUUUUCUUUGUCACAUGAGACUGCUUCAACUUGGGAGUGUUAUUGACAUAAAUGCAAACAAACUUGAAUUCGAAGACUGUUAGUGGUUACUUAAAUCCCUGAAAGACAUGCAGUCAGCCUUCUUUCUGCUGAAAUGAAGAACUUGCAGAGCUCAGAAGAAUUGCAGUCAUCAACUCAAGCUUCUCAUGAGCCUAAGAGUGAACAACCAAACAAUCACACAAAUGAUGCUCCUGUUACAGACACAGGCUCAGCAUCUGCUACAAGCAAUGACAGUAAAAAAGUUUCACGGCAGGAUAUUGAGUUUGUCCAGAAUUUAAUAGAAAGAUGCCUACAGUUAUAUAUGAAUAAAGAUGAAGUGGUUAAAACACUAUUGACACGGGCAAAGAUAGAUCCUGGAUUCACUACCCUUGUAUGGCAGAAGUUGGAGGAAGAGAACGCAGAUUUCUUCAGGGCCUACUAUAUCAGGCUAAAAUUGAAAAAGCAAAUUCUUUUAUUCAAUCAUUUGCUUGAGCAUCAGUAUCAUCUGAUGAAGUGUCCCAUGCCUGCAAAGGUACCAUUGGCCCCAAUACAGAACGGAAUCCAUCCAAUGCCUGGUACAUUCUUGCCCUCUUAUCAGUGUGUAUAUGUGACAGUUUGUGUUAAACACAAAGAUCUUCACAUCUUUGCAUCGCUAAAUGUAAACUGUGUUGAGUUGAGUGAUAACACUUAUGUGUCACUUCUCAUGUUAUGUAAUUUCACUCUCACUGCACUCUAAACUUCAUGCCAACAACAGGGAACCCAUCAUGUCUCGUCUAAAUGGUCUAAAGUGAAACUUCAUGAAAAUUAGAAAAGUAGUAAGAUUCUCAUGAUUCUCUGAAGUUCCUGAAAAGCAUAGAGGCUGUACUGUGAAAACUUAAUUACAUUAUUAAUUGAAGAUAAUUAAUCAGUAAUUAAAUACAUUUUCCUGGGUAUUAACUAUGGUGUUACCUGAUUUCACGCCAGAUGUUAAUGCUUAGAUUUAACCAAAAGUUUGAUAGUUAAGAAGUUUGGAUUCUUGAAGAAUUAUCAAUUACUAGUGCUAUUACGAGAUUGCUUGGAAAUUUUUAUCUUCAUAAUUCUGAAAUACAAAAAUUUGAAAGUUCAGUAUGUUCUUCUAUCCGAUGCAUUUCUAGCUUUGUAUUACCCUAAGAUCUAAGUUGAGGAAACCUUUUACAUAUUCCUUAGUUGUGUUAUUUUUAUGAAUGCGGGGAACUUUUUGCUGUGUUAUAAAUGUUUUGUUUGCCU